AUGUGUUAUUGUCUACAUCCUGGGCCUGAACAACACAUGAAUAUACAUACAAAAAAUGUAACUUCAUCAAAAAUGUAUUUUGGAGAUGUCAACAAUUAUGAUUACCAUAUUGAUUGUACCUUUUAUGUUGGACUGAUCGUUGUUGAAACGUCUAGAAUGCAAUUUAUCGCUAUAUUUUGUCAACACAAAGAACACGACACCCAGUACAUACAGCUUAAAUUAUUAUAA